GGACCUGGAGAGGUUGGUUUGGCUGUUUCUACACCAAAACAGGAUUGCCUCUCCUCAAACUGCUGCAGUCCCCCUUCCUCCUCUGUCCUUCCUUGGACAGAGACCUCCAGGGGUCCCAGCGUGUCCCAGCCUCUCUGUGAGGCCUCCCAGCCCCCUGAGCAUCCUCUGCUCUGUCCUGCUGGUCUGUCCCCACCUCUGGGGAUGUGCCUGAUGUGCUGGACCAGGGGCCAGGCUCAGGGUGCUGUGCUGGGUCAGGGGAAGAGGCCAUGGGUGGGGGGGACCCAUAGACCCCUUACCACGUCCUCAGGACCCACCCAAGGCUUUCCAGCUUAGAGCUGAUCCUCCUGGAGCUGUUCCAGGCCCUGCUCUUCAUUCCAUCCUUUGCCUGGAUGUUAUCUGAGAUGCUUUGCAGGACAUCCCUGCAGAAGCGACUCCUCCUUGCUCCACAAAGGCCUUUAUUCAUCCAGCUCUUUCCAUUUUCUCUCCUUCUCACUUUCCUUUUUUUUUUUUUUUUCUUUUCCCGUGGACAUUAACAAUCAGAAGGCAUAUUUAGAGAGCAGACAGCUUUGGGCGGGUGUUGCUGGCUAAAAGAUCUCUUCCUUCCCCAGAAACAACUCAUUUAUCUGCUUGGCCACCUCCUCCCACCCCAGGAGCGGCCGCGCUCGGGUGCACGGAGCUCUUCCUGGCGGGAUGAAAGUCGACAGAUAAAAUAUUAGCAUCAGGUCGCAGCAUUCCUCCCUCCCGGCCAAACUGGCAUCACGGCGAUGAGGAGCUGAGCCGCCGUGCCUGGCCGGUGAUGCAAGGCUCGAUUUUUCCAGCACGGUUUUCCCUCGGGCUCCGGGCGCUCCCGCUGGUGCAGCUCCGGGCGGUUCGGGCGUGGAGCCGCGCCAGCCUCGGGACCCGGCCCUGGACGCUGUGGAGUUGCAGUCACAGUUGGAGCAGGGCUCUCUCCGUGUCCCGUCUCCGUCCUCCUCUCCCGCCUCCGCCGAACCCCAGCUCCUCGCCCGGAGGAAGGGAGCGCGCCGUGGGCAUCUCCCAUCCACCAAAAUCUAUGAUCAGCUCGGUGUGUGUCUCCUCCUACCGUGGACGCAAGUCUGGGAACAAACCACCCUCCAAAACAUGCCUGAAGGAAGAGAUGGGCAAAGGGGAAGACUCGGACAAGAUCACCAUCAACGUGGGCGGCACCCGGCAUGAGACCUACAAGAGCACCCUGCGGACUUUGCCGGGCACCCGCCUGGCCUGGCUGGCCGACCCCGACGCCCAGAGCAACUUUGACUUUGACGGCAAAAGCAAUGAGUUCUUCUUCGACCGCCACCCCGGGAUCUUCUCCUACGUGCUCAACUACUACCGCACCGGGAAGCUGCACUGCCCCGCGGACAUCUGCGGGCCCCUCUUCGAGGAGGAGCUCACCUACUGGGGCAUCGACGAGACCGACGUGGAGCCCUGCUGCUGGAUGACCUACCGGCAGCACCGCGACGCCGAGGAGGCCCUGGACAUCUUCGAGAGCCCCGAGCCCGGCGGAGGGGCCGGCGGAGAGGAGCCCGAAGAGGAAGGGGGUAGGGAGAUGGCCCUGCAGCGCCUGGGCAUGGAUGACAGGCCCCCAGGGGCGGCGGGGGCUGCCGGAGGGGGCGGCUGCUGCCGGAACUGGCAGCCCAAGAUGUGGGCGCUCUUUGAGGAUCCCUACUCGUCCAAGGCGGCAAGGGUGGUUGCUUUCGCCUCGCUUUUCUUCAUCCUGGUCUCCAUCACAACCUUCUGCCUGGAGACGCACGAGGCCUUCAACAUCGAUGUCAACGUGACGGAGACCCUGGUGGUGGGCAACACCACGACGGUGCUGCUGACGCACAAAGUGGAGACGGAGCCCAUCCUCACCUACAUCGAAGGGGUCUGCGUGCUGUGGUUUACCCUCGAGUUCCUGGUUCGCAUCAUCUGCUGCCCAGACAAGCUUCUCUUCAUUAAAAACCUGCUCAACAUCAUUGACUUUGUGGCCAUCUUGCCCUUCUACCUGGAGGUGGGUCUCAGUGGCCUGUCCUCCAAAGCUGCCCGGGACGUGCUGGGCUUCCUGCGGGUGGUGCGCUUCGUCCGCAUCCUCCGCAUCUUCAAGCUGACGCGGCACUUUGUGGGUCUGCGGGUGUUGGGCCAUACGCUCCGGGCCAGCACCAACGAGUUCCUGCUCCUCAUCAUCUUCCUCGCCUUGGGGGUCUUGAUUUUCGCCACCAUGAUCUACUACGCCGAGCGGAUCGGAGCCAAGACAUCUGACCCCACCGGGAGCGACCACACUCACUUUAAGAACAUCCCCAUCGGGUUCUGGUGGGCCGUGGUCACCAUGACCACCCUGGGCUACGGUGACAUGUACCCCAAGACCUGGUCGGGGAUGGUGGUGGGCGCGCUCUGCGCCCUGGCCGGGGUGCUGACCAUCGCCAUGCCCGUGCCCGUCAUCGUCAAUAACUUUGGGAUGUACUAUUCGUUGGCCAUGGCCAAGCAGAAGCUGCCAAAGAAGAAGAAAAAGCAUAUACCCCGUCCGGCCCCGCUGGACUCCCCCACCUACGGCAAAUCCGAGGAAAACUCCCCCCGGAACAGCACCCAGAGCGACACUUGCCCCUUGGCAGUAGAGGAGGGGGUGACUGAGAGGAAACGGUCAGACUCCAAGCAGAACGGCGAGGCCAACGUGGUGCUGUCGGACGAGGAGCAGCCGCUGUCCCCGCCCGACGAGAAGCGGCCGAUGCGGCGCUCCAGCACCCGGGACAGGGACAAGAACAAGAAAUCCUCCACCUGCUUCCUGCUGGCCACGGGGGACUUCUCCUGCACAGCGGAUGGAGGCAUCCAGAAAGAUUCCUGCCAGGACACCCUCGCUUCCAGUUACCCCCAGGGUGAGGUGGUCACCUUCUCCUGAGCCCCAGCUGGAUGGAGGCUGCGCCCUGGCGAGGGAUGCCUUCCCCAGGGGACGCCUUCUCCGAGGGGGAGGGCUGUGUAUCCCGAGGGAUGCUUUCCCCAGGGUGGAAGGAUGCUCUCCCUGGGGCCACGGGAUGUUCUUCCUAAGGCUAAAGCAUCGCCCCAGGGAUGCUCUCCCCAAAGCCCAGGGAUGCUUUCCCUCAGGCUGGGACAUGCAUUCCUCCAGGGGCGCUCUCCCUGGGGCCAAGGGAUGCUCCUCCCAAGGGAGAUGCUCUCCCCAAGGCUGAGGGAUGCCCUCCCCAAAGCCCAGGGAUGCUCUCCCCAAGGCUGGGACAUGCAUUCCUCCAGGGGUGAUCCCCCAAGGCCAAGGGACACUCUUCCCAAGGAGCUUUCUUUCCCCAGAGCUCCAGCUCCAUCCCCGGGGGGGGUUGGCAGCCGGGUCCCCCCGAGAGGUGCCGCAGAGCAGCGGGGCCGGGAGGGAGGUUGGGGACAGCCCCAUUCCCUUCCUGGUGCCAGCCCUGCCACAGCCACGCUGCCCCAGCACCCCUGGACUGCCCCAGCACCCCCUGGGCUGCCCCAGCACCCCUGGGCUGCCCCCUGCCCUCGCCCACGCUUUUGGCUGCACCUCACCCUCCACCUCUGGAGAUCCAGCUGCUCACCAGGACAUCUCCACCGCGGCUGUGCCAUGCUCCGGCCCCUCCAUCGCCACACGGCUGCUGGGAGCCCUUCCCCAGGGUGCCAAAGGCUCCUCUCCAGGUGCCACCAUCGCCCCCUCCCACGGGUGCUGACCCCACGGGCAUGGGGGGC